AUUAAAUUUAUUUCAAACACACACCAGCAUGACCUGGGACUGUCUGGCUGUUGCAGGGUGACAACCCUGGAAUCCCCCCAGCAAUUCCCGGCCAUGGCAAAGCCUGAAAGAUCAGCCGAAGGUCUCACAAACCCUGCUGCCUUCUCCCUGUCACCGUUUGCUUCAUCAGCCUUUGAUUCCUGGAUUAGAUGACUUAAACCUUCUCCGAUGUUUCAUACUUCAGUACGCAUGGAACACACUUGUCUAAACUAAGGACUCUGACUAACCAGAAGAUUCACCAAGUUAAACAGAAUCAUUCUAUGUAUCCGGUGGAAAGCAAUCAGCAUCAAUUGUUACGUAAUAAAUGGACGCAAAUUAAACCAUGAACAGUUUUUAUCGCGUGAUUUCAUUUCAACAGCUGGGCGAGGCAGCGGCAUUUCGCUGAUCUCUGGAAUAUCUGGUCCUCGGACCAUAAACAUUAACUUUCUUCCUCCGCACGGAUGCCGCUUGACAUGUUGGGCUUUUCCAGCAACUUCUGGUUUUGCGUCUAGAACACUUCCUUCCCGUUUUGAAAAACUGAGGUGAAAGUUUAUGGUUUUGUUUUACUAUUGUAUCUCUCAGCAUGACUCAGUUCAGGGCAAAUUGCGUCGAGAAACCUCUCCGCCGGGCUUUCCGUAAACUUGGAGUCCUCGUGAGUAAAUAUUCCUGGUGCUUCCUCACGUUUCCUCUGAUACUUUCUGUUGUUCUGGGUUCGGGCUUUUCUUCUUUACGGAGACUUGAAAGCAAUGACAUAGAAGAGCAAUUUACGCCCAUAUAUGGACCAGCAAAAUCUGAGAGAGAGUUCAUUAAAAAACAUUUUCCAACCACUGAUUCUGAAUUCUUCUCUGGUCAGAGACUUUACACAGAGGGGGUGUUUGCUUCUUUCAUUGCUGUAUCGAAAGAUGACAAUAUCUUGACAGCUGCUGCAUUUCAAGAGAUUCUGUCACUUGAUGCCGACGUAAAGCAGCUCAGCAUCAACAAUAAAGAAGGUGUCACGUACAGCUAUUCUUCUCUUUGUACACGGAUGGCAAACUCGUGCUUUGGAAAUGAAAUUUUAAAUAUUAUAAAUCACAGCCUAGCAACCAACACGAGGAUUUCUUACCCUAUGAUGAAUAAGACUUUUAUUGGUUUGGCUGUUGGAGGUGUUGACCAGGAUCAAAAUUAUAUUAAUAAAGCCAAAGCUAUUAAACUAAGUUAUUAUUUACAAGAAGAUAAUGAUGACAUGAAAACCCUCAGUUUGCUGUGGCUGAAGAAUUUUGUUCAGGUUUUUCCGAACAAACUGAAAGAUCAGGAGAGUAUUAUGGUUUCCUAUUUCACAUCAAUAUCAAGACAAGAAGAGUUUGAAGGGACUUCUAAGAAAAUUAUUCCUUUGUUCUCUGUCACGUAUUUCCUUUCAAUAUUCUUUUCUAUUGUAUCAUGUAUGAGGUUGGACUGUGUGAGGAAUAAGUUCUGGGUUGCUGCUUUGGGAGUUAUAUCGGCUGGAUUAGCUGUACUGUCAGGAUUUGGACUGCUAUUAUACUGUGGGAUUAAAUUUGCUAUCAAUACUGCCAAUGCACCUUUUCUGAUUCUAGGUAUUGGUAUAGAUGAUAUGUUUGUCAUGCUCGCCAGUUGGCAAACGACCGACGUCACCGAUAAGAUUGAAGAUCGCCUUGCUGAUACAUAUGCUGAAGCAGCCAUCUCUAUUACAAUCACCACUCUGACUGAUGUUUUGGCCUUUUAUAUUGGCAUUAUGACACCUUUUCGAUCUGUGCAGUCAUUCUGUGUUUACACAGGCACAACAGUUCUGUUUUGCUUCAUUUAUAACAUUACAUUUUUUGGAGCUGUUCUUGCAUUGAACGGGAGAAGAGAAGCCAGCAACAGGCAUUGGCUGACAUUCAGAAAAGUCAAAAGUGAUCAGGAACCAGAAGACUCUAAAUGCUAUUCAAUGUGUUGUGUGGGUGGAGCUUAUAAUAGUGAGACUGGUGCCGAACUAGAACAUCCAGUUUAUUUCUUCUUUCAGAAAUAUUAUGGUCCCUGGCUCACAAACAUUUGGACCAAGGCACUUGUGGUUGUCCUAUACAUUGGUUACUUGGCUGUCAGUAUUUAUGGUUGUAUAAAUAUCAAAGAGGGAAUUGAUCUCAGAAAUCUGGCCUUUGAUGGUUCUUAUGUGAUUAAAUUCUAUGAUGAUCAAAGUGCUUUUUUCUCAAAAUAUGGACCACGUGUUAUGGUUGCUGUCACUGAACCCGUGGAUUAUUGGAAUCCCACUGUUCAGGAUGACAUUGAAACCUGCAUGGGCAGAUUGGAAAACAACUCGUAUUUAGAUCCUGAAUUGUCAGAAUCCUGGCUUCGUGUGUACAUUGCCAUAACUAAACAGAUGUUAAUAGACAUUCAGGAAAAAAAUGCAUUCUUGGGAAAUUUAUCUAUAUUGUUUCACAUUGUUCCUGUAUUUGAACAUGACAUUAGGUUUUCAGAAAGUAAGCAAAGAAUUGAUGCUGCUCGCUUUUUCAUUCAGACCAUUAAUGUCAAUACUCCAGUCGCUGAGAAAAACAUGCUGAUUGAAUUAAGAAAGCUGGCACAGGAAUGUCAAAUCCCUUUGCUGGUGUACCAUCCUGCAUUUAUCUAUUUUGAUCAAUAUCUUGUUAUUGUAUCCAACACAAUACAGAAUGUAGUUGUUGCUGCUGCUGCAAUGCUGAUCAUUGCGCUAUUGUUAAUACCUAAUCCAAUCUGCUCUAUAUGGGUAACAUUUUCUACUGCAUCAGUUUUAGUGGCUGUGGCUGGUUUUAUGACGUUUUGGGGUGUCAAUUUAGAUUCGAUAUCAAUGAUUAAUCUGGUCAUUUGUAUUGGUUUUUCUGUGGACUUUUCAGCUCACAUUUCAUAUGCAUUUGUGUCUAGUGACAGAGAAACUGCAAAUGAACGAAGUAUUGAUGCAUUAUACAGCCUUGGAUAUCCCAUCAUCCAAGGGGCCCUAUCGACCAUACUGGGUGUAGUUGUACUGGCUGCUGCAGCAAGUUACAUAUUUAGGACAUUUUUUAAAAUCAUGUUUCUUGUCAUAACGUUUGGAGCUGUUCAUGGCCUUAUACUUCUGCCUGUGUUCCUGACAUUUAGUGCAAGCCGCUGGAAGUCAAACAGUGCAAAAUCAGGCAAGAUAACCAGCCAUGUCUAUUCCAAUGAGGCUUUUAAAGAAAAGAUGACAAGUGACUUAAAUACAUUUAGAGGUUUUGUAGGAGAGCAAGAUCGUGACUGUCCCUGUUUCUCCAUUCCAAAUGUCCUCAACAAGUCAUGUGCUUCCCAUGGUAGCUUCCCUUGCAAUCGCAUGACAUGUAAUACCUGCCCUUUUAGCUCCUCAGUCCUCACUGUUCCAGGCCCCAAACAUCCUUUCCAGAUGACGCAACAAUUUUCCUAAAGUUCUUUUAAUCUCGUCUACAGUAUUUGCUGCACACAAUGUCACCUCCUCAACCCUGAUGAUAUCAAGCUCUAACUUGGUGACUACCUUGCAGAACAGCUCUGCUCCGUUCAUGUGCAUGACCCCAACCUUCCAGCUGCCUGUAAUUCUAAUUCAUGCCCCUUUCUCUCACACUGACAUUUCUGUCCUCGACCUCCAGCAGUGUGCCAGUGCAGCUCAGUGCAAGCUCAAAGAACAGAAACUCACCUCUCACUUACAGCCUUCUGGACUCAGCAGCAUUAGACAAUUUUGAUAUUUUUGCUUUCAUGCUUUUGCUUUCCAACAGAGCUGUUCAUUUUCAUACCAUUAACAUUUAGUCUGGACUAAGGCUGUUGAACAUAUGACCUGCAUGCCAGGGCCGAGCCCAGGAAUGAAUCCUAUCUGGCUCAUGGACCAGUGUUCAAGAUAAGGAUCCGUGGCUCAGACUGGUUCUGCAAGGAGCUACUCCUCCAAACAUGGGGAGCUUCUCUUCUGACAUUUCUUUAGCUCAAAAAAUCAUUUAAGUUCUCUACAUACCUUAAUUUUUUAAAAAAACAUUUUUAAUGUUGUGUCAAUCUUAAUCUUUCAGAAAUUGCUUACAGGUUCUCUAGAUUGUGGAAAAAAAAUUGAAAUGAGGCUCCUAACAUGGAAAGGUCAGAUACCCCUGCUCUGGAUCAAUCUGCAUUUACGAGAACCAUUAGCACUCCCUUAGCCUUCUGUCCCUUGACAUCUUUGUUAUUUAAUUUCUCCCACCCAUGUAAACAAUCACUGACCUUCCCUUUCAUUCUACCUGACCCUAAUCACUUGCCUCCAGUACAAAAUCCAUUACAUCUCUACUGCUCUUCAGCACGAAAGAAGGGUCAUAUUAAAUGUGAAAUGUUAACUCUGUUCUGUCUCCACAAUGGUGCCAGAUGUUGUCAGUUUUUCCAGUACUUUCUGUUUCCAAUAUUUUCUGUUUUUAUUCCAGAUUUUCCAUAUCUGUCUAGGGUUUUUGAGGACAUUUUGAGGACAACAUGCGACAAUUGAUAUUUUUAAGGAUUGGAUUUAAAGAAAGGUUCAUCAAUAACAUAGCUAUGCAGAUUGUUUAUAGAUUUCUGGGUAAGAUGCAUAUUUGGGAGGGACAGCCAGUCUCAAAUAGACAGGGUCACCCCACUUUUGCUAUAGAUGUUGUUAUGUUGGAUCUGAAUUCUAAUGGACGCUGAAGGUUGGUUGUGAGUCCAGUCAUAAGAAAGCCAGUAUGUUCAAGCAUUUGACUCACAAGCAGACUAUUCAUUGUUUCACUUGUGCCACUGUUUGGGGAGGAGUUCCUACCUUCGAGAGCUUCCAACUAAUACAAUUGGUUAACAGCUCUGAAUGUCCCAGUAGCAGCAGAUCAUUAACAAUCAUUGCUAAGACCAUACCUGGAACCUGAAAAGAGUUUCUCUCCGUGGUUUUAGCAGAUAUGUUCCUACAUUUAGAUGCAUUGCUUACUGGUGAUACUUUGAAUUUUACUGUGAAAUA